AUGCCUCCCUCCAAGACCUCCAAUGGCUCCGGCGGCCAGGUCAGCCAUCGCCUGCGCAACUUUUUCCGCAUGAACACUGGCAGCAGCACCGGCAGCGGCUCUAGCGAGAAGGAGAAGGAUAAGACGCCAACUACCGCAUCCACCCCCGAUGCCGCAUCCAGCUCAAAAUCCUCCCGCCAUACAAAGUUCUUCAGCAACACCGUCGGUCGCCUGCGUGCCCACACCGUUGCCAGCGAGGGUAACCAGCUCGACGAGGCUAUGAGCCCGACUGCGCACGCGAACCCUUACUUCGCCCACCAGGGCCAGCCCGGAUUGCGUCAUCACAACGCCGGCUCCGUGCCCCCAAGCCCUCCCGAUACCCCGACCCUCAAGAUCCAGGGUCCCGACGGCACCAAUGCGGAGCAAGCCACCAGCGAGACCAAGGAGGAAUUGGCCCGGAGGCUGAGGAGGGUUGCUAGUGCCCCCAAUGCUCAGGGUCUGUUCUCCAAGGGCGAGGCUAAUGGCGACCGUCCUGCCACCGCCGAGUUGGGAAAAGACCCUCUCGUCGCCAACGGAUCCCUAGGAUCUCUCGGCCUCUUUGAGUCUAACAAGGCCAAUGCCGCAGAGACCAAGGCGCCGCCUACCACCAACGAGGACAUUCUCGCCGCUUUACCCGCCCCGCACACUGCCAUGGCCUUCCGAAGGACCUACAGCUCCAACUCGAUCAAGGUUAGGAAUGUCGAAGUGAACCCGUCAAGUUUCGACAAGAUUAAGCUCAUUGGCAAGGGAGAUGUCGGAAAGGUCUACCUUGUCAGGGAGAAGAAGAGUAGCCGCCUGUACGCCAUGAAGAUCCUGAGUAAGAAGGAAAUGAUCAAGCGAAACAAGAUCAAGCGAGCCCUUGCCGAGCAAGAAAUCCUGGCGACAAGCAACCAUCCUUUCAUCGUCACCCUCUAUCACUCGUUCCAGUCCGAGGAUUACCUCUACCUAUGCAUGGAGUACUGCAGUGGUGGCGAGUUCUUCCGCGCACUCCAGACCCGUCCCGGAAAGUGUAUUCCCGAGGAGGAUGCUCGCUUCUACGCUGCCGAAGUGACAGCCGCUCUCGAGUACUUGCAUCUGAUGGGCUUCAUCUACCGUGAUCUGAAGCCAGAAAACAUUCUCCUACAUCAAUCUGGUCACAUCAUGCUCUCGGACUUUGAUUUGUCAAAACAGUCCGACCCUGGUGGUAAGCCCACCAUGAUUGUUGGAAAGAACGGCGCCAGGACGGAUGCCCUCCCGACCAUCGACACGAGAUCAUGUAUUGCCAACUUCCGCACCAACUCAUUUGUCGGCACAGAGGAGUACAUUGCGCCGGAGGUCAUCAAGGGUAGCGGCCACACUAGUGCUGUUGACUGGUGGACGUUGGGAAUCCUCAUCUAUGAGAUGCUCUACGGAACCACACCCUUCAAGGGCAAGAACCGCAAUGCCACUUUUGCAAACAUUCUGCGGGAGGAUAUCCCCUUCCCAGACCAUGCUGGCGCGCCGCAAAUCUCCAACUUGUGUAAGUCCUUGAUCAGGAAACUGCUCAUCAAGGAUGAAAACCGCCGAUUGGGAGCUCGAGCCGGUGCUUCGGAUAUCAAGGCGCACCCCUUCUUCCGAACGACACAGUGGGCUUUGAUCCGCCACAUGAAGCCCCCGAUUGUCCCCCACGCUGGUCGGGGUAUCGACACGGUCAACUUUCGCAACGUCAAGGAAAGUGAGAGCGUCGACUUGAGCGGAUCUAGGUCGAUGAACCUUAAGGGCGUUCCCUUGGACAGCGGGCUGUCAACGCCAGGUGGAGAUAUUGCGGACCCGUUCCUCGAGUUCAACAGCAUCACGCUUCAUCACGACGGAGACGAGGACUCGCAUCACCAUCACAACAUCUCAAACGACCACAGCCCUUAA